AUGGGCAACGCUCUGCCGUGCUUGGUCGACCACGGCGUGAAGGCUCUGCCGGCGGCGGUGAGGCCCAGGCGGAGGAUGUACUCGCUCAAGCUUCUCAUGAAGGUCCUCCACAGGAUGAAGAGGACGCCGCGCGGCAACAAGAUUGGCGGCAAGUCCUCGCCGGAAUCCGAAGUAGGUGGGGCGGGUGUGAAGAGCAUCAAGGCUUCCCCGAGACGAGCGGCAGCGGCGGCGGGUCGUGGUGGCGGUGGCCAGAGGAAGGGCGUCGUGAGGGUGAAGGUGCUCCUCAGCAAGGAGGAGGCGGCGCGGCUGCUGUCGCUGACCGUGGGAGGCCAGAAGACGGCGGCGCAGAUCGUGGCCGAGAUCAAGAGGAUGGAGGCCCGCCGCGCCGCCGCCAAUGCCGCGGCGGCGGCCGGGUGGCGGCCCGCGCUGGCGAGUAUCCCCGAGGAGUCGUCGUAG